AUGCGAUCUCUGGUUUGGGGCACAUCAAAUGCCGGGAUGAAUAUUAUCGCUGGUCUUAGCAUGUAUGGAAUCGGACUCCAUGCAGAGAAGAAUCCUGAUGGUCUGGCUGCAUGGAAAGGCAUCUCUUUCUUCCUCGGAGCUUUGACAAUCACCCUUGGAAUCAUGGUUUGGUUCGUUCUCGGAACGCCUCGUGAAGUUCGAUGGCUUAGCCAAGACGAGAAACGAGCUGCUGUUGCGCGAGUCGUUGCCAACCAGACUGGAUCGGAUCGCGAAAAACGUUCUGACUUCAAGUGGGAACAGGUUUGGAGUACUUUCAAAGACCCUCAGACCUACUUCUUCUUCUUUGUGACCAUCAUCAAUGCAUUGCCAAAUGGUGCGAAUACGACGUUCUCGAAGCUUAUAUGGAAAUCAUUUGGCUUCACCCCACUAGAGACUCUCCUCAAAGGAUCAACACCCUACUAUGCUCUAAGCAUUUGUUGGUUCUUAAUCGUCGGAUUUAUCACACUCAAGAAGCCAAACUUUCGAUUUUUCAUGAUGAUGGUCGCCCUCAUCCCAGCAUUCACUGGAAUGAUGGCACUCUCGCUUCUCCCCUCGAAGUCAAACAUGUGGUUAAGAUGGGGCAUGUACAUGAUGCAGGUGUUCGGAUCGCUGCCAGGAUUGAUGAUUUGGACUUUCCUGCCAUCUAAUGUGGCUGGAAGAACUAAGAAAACGGUCACUGCCACCGUUCUCUUCAUUGCUUACUGUGUCGGCAAUGCCGUCGGAGCUCAAAUGUUUGUAGCUUCUGAUGCCCCUCGGUACAUUCGAGGUAUCACAGCCUGUGGUGUUUUGUACUGUGUAGAGUUUAUGUGCAUGGCGUCUUGGCGAUUUUACUAUAUCUGGGAAAAUAAGAGACGGCGCAAGAUCAUCCAGGAUCAGGGCAUCUCGGAAGAGGAGAGCGAGCACCUUGGAAGGGUUAACGCCGAGAGUGACAUGACGGAUCGUGAGAACAUCCACUUCAAGUACAAAUAUUAG